AUGAAUGAGUUGGAAAUGAAGAAAGAUAUGGAGGAAGCUAAGCGUGCACUUAAUUCUGAUAAUACACUACCAGUUGAUGAGCAAUGUAAACGGUGGAACACUGAGGUAAAUAACGUGCUUGAUAAACAUAUGCCUCUUAAAAGCAUGAGGGUAAGAGCAAAAGACGUACCAUAUAUUACUGCUGAAUGGAAACAAGCAAUUAGGAAGAAACGUAAAUUUGCCAAGAGACAUAAGAAAUUGCAAACUGAGGAAAGUUUGGCAGAAUUGAGGAAGUGGAGAAAUGCAGCUACACGAAUUAGAAGGAGGGCAAUCAGGAAAUACUGGAGAGAGAAAGCAGAAGAUCUUAAAACCAAUCCCAGAAACUUUUUCAAUGCAUUUGCCCCUUUCAUUAGAAAUAAAGGAAAAGAGAACACGACUAUAUCCUUGCAAGUCGAUGACAAAAUCGAGCAUGACCAACGUGAAGUUGCGCAAGUAUUGGCAAACUAUUUUUCCACUAUCGCGGAUAAAAUAGGAGACAUACAUAUUGAUUCUUGAAACCUCAGCAUUAAGAACCAUAGUAGUGUUAAGAAAAUCCAUCAAAAAUGGUCACAAAAUUCGUUUAGUUUCAGAGAAAUCACACAGACAGAGGUUUUGACAGCAUUGCAGCAACUAAACCCCAACAAGGCUACUGGUCAUGACUUCCUACCUCCCAAGGCGCUGAGAAUUACUGCAGAGGAGAUAUCUGGCUCGCUCACUACCAUCUACAAUCAGGUACUUGCACACGGAGUUUGGCCUGCGGAUUGGAAAUGGGGAGAAUGGAUUCCAAUACAUAAAAAAGAUGAUCACUUAUCGAAGGAAAACUACAGACCGGUUACUAUAUUGAUCGCUGUUGAUAAAGUGUUCGAACAGCUUCUGUGCAAGCAACUAUGUGAAUUAACAGAUAAGAUUUUUGAUGAUUUUAUGUCCGCGUAUAGGAAAUCGUAUAGUUGCGAGACCACUCUAAUUCGUCUGGUGGAGGACUGGAAACAUGCACUCGAUCAUAAUAAAGCCGUAGGAGUAUUAUCAUCAGAUAUGAGUAAAGCUUUUGAUUCCAUGUAUCCACCAUUGCUGCUCUCCAAACUUCAAGCAUAUGGUAUGUCAAAUAGUUCCUUGGCAAUCCUAGAAUCAUACUUUAAGGACCGUAAAAACAGGGUAAGACUUAGCAAUAAUGUUAGCAGCGAUUGGACCACUGUUACUCGUGGUUGCCCACAGGGUUCCUCUUUGGGACCAGUUUUGUGGAAUAUAUAUCAAAACGAUCUAUUCUAUGAGAAUAUUAGCUCACAACUCUCAAUGUAUGCAGAUGAUCACUAACUCUAUUCUUUAAAUCAAACAAUCGCAGAGGCAUCAAUGGUGCUGGAAAUGGAUGGAAGAAUUACGGGGAAUGGUAUAAGAUAAACCAUUUGGAAGCCAACCUUAGUAAAUACCAGAUUAUGAUGAUGACCAAAGGUAAUGGCAAUAUUACAGACGUGAAUAUCGAUAACAAUACAAUACGUCAGACGGAACAGAUGAAGCUUCUUGGAGUAACUUUGGAUAAAGAUCUAAACUUCUCAGAACAUGUGUCUUCUAUUUGUAAGACAACCAGCAAGAGAAUUGGAGUAUUGAUGAGGCUUCGGAAGCUGAUACCAACCACAGCAAAACUACAAAUAUAUAAAGCAGCUAUUAUGCUCUACUUCAAUUACUGUAGUCUUGUCUGGCAUUUUUGUAAGGGAAGUGAUAAGAAUAAACUAGAGCGAACUAAUGAAAGAGGGCUAGGAGCAGUUUUUUUGCGACUGGGGUUCCUCUUACGCAGAGCUAUUAACGAAGGCUAAUAUGACCACAUUAUAUAAUAUUCGGUUGCAAAAUAUAGCAAUUUUUAUGUAUAAAAUUAAACAUAAACUGUUACCAAAUAAUAUUCUAGAUUUAUUUGAAAGUACUCAGUCAACUUAUAAUCUUAGGAACUCUGACUUUCGUCGCCCUAGAUUUAAUGGGGUCAAAUAUGGCAGACAUUCCUUACGAUACUUCGGUCCAUAUUUAUGGGACAAACUUUUACCAGAAUUAAGAACUCUACCUUCUAUUCAAAGCUUUAAGAACGAUAUCAGGAAAGCAGAUUUGGCCGACUUAGUUGACACCAAUUCUUGUAAGAAUUGUGCCAUAUGUAGCACUUAGCACUAUAAUAUUUAAAUAUGACACCAAUUCUUGUAAGAAUUGUGCCAUAUGUAGCACUUAGCACUAUAAUAUUUAAAUAAUUAGAUUAUGCAUGAUACGAAUAUGUAAAUAGAUAAAUUAGCUAGACGUAAUCGCUUCAUAUUAUUGUAAUUAGGAUAAUUUUAAGUGUCCCCGAUUAGUGAAAGUUGAUCUUUGGCUAUAAGACAUGACACUUUAAUAAAGUUAUCAAUCAAUCAAUCAAUGAAGGUAUUCACACAUUUUGUUUUCAAUGCUCAUUUUGACCAGGUAAAUAUUAUUAGAGCGGCAGCAACGUUUUUUGCCAGUGAGCAUACUGUAUAAAUUGAUAUUUAAUGUUAAGACCAUAUAAAUUGAAGUGUAAAACUAGUUAAUAUAUUUCUUGUAAAUAUGCAAAUAAUAUCAAUGAUCAAUGUUCAUGACUUGCUACUCCCAUCGAGGUCCGCAUUUAUAUAUAGGUUAUCAUAUAAGGGAUGAGGUGAUAUCAGUUUUAUCGCUCGAGGGAUGAUAUCACAAUUGUCACGAGCGAGCGCAGCGAGCGAGGGACAAUUGUGAUAUCGUCCUGAGAGCGAUAAAGCUGAUAUCACCAAAUCCCGAGUACGAUAACCUAUUUAUUAUAUACUUGUACCUUUAUCAGGGUUUGACACCCAAAAGUAAAGUACAGUUUUGAUAUAGGAUCAUUUUAGAAUUCAAAAAAAUUGAUCAUUUACUGAACAAAUAUGAUUUUAGAAAAUAAAUAGACCAUUCAUAUAAAUAAUAUACAAUUUAAGUCUUUCGUUUUGUAUUAUCGUUCUUGUUUCCUUCGAUAAAACUGUCGACAUCAACCAACACGAACCUCGAGUCGGCCAUCUUUGUUUUGACAAGGCGCGAAAUUUAACACGAACCUCGAGUCGGCCAUCUUUGUUUUGACAAGGCGCGAAAUUUAGCGGGACAAAAAACAAUAUCCGGGACAAAAAACGAUAUCCCGGGACAAAAAACGAUAUCCGGGACAAAAAACGAUAUCCGGGACAAAAAAGAUGUCCGGGACGUUGUUAUAUCGUAGAUAUCGUUUUUAUGUCCCGCUGCUUCCUACCUGAUAAAGGUACAAGUAUGUGAAAAAGAUGUCCGGGACGAUAUCGUUUUUAUGUCCCGCUGCUUCCUACCUGAUAAAGGUACAAGUAUGUGAUAAAAUACAAUUCACCCUAUAAAAAUCUUAUUCCCAUUUUUAUACACUGUAACCUUGCCUCUGCCAUCUGAGACCUUGUAAUUCAAUGGUUAUAUACUAGAGUGAUCUGUCUGCAUGGUAAUUAGAACGUUGUCUGUUUCGAUUCCCGUCAAGGCUGAGCUUGAUAUGGAUGUACAACUCGUACAAACACAAGAAUCAUAAUGAAAAUUAUGUAAAAUUAAAGUGUAAAGAAGGCAUUUCAAGACUUAUUUUUAUGAAAUUUGACACAAAGAACAGGAAGUUACAAGUUACAUAUUUUGAGCAACCGAUUUAGUUACUUUUACAUUAGGGAUUUAAUAACACCAGAUACUGUACCAAUUGAAAAUGGAUGGAUAUAUUCUGUAAAUUUAAGCCCAUCUGUUCUGCAUCUCUGCCACGCCAAAUGUUAAUACAAAUCAUACUUAACUAGAAAUAUAUGCAUGCAAGCACCUCUGCCUUGCUAACCAUGCACCAGUAUAUAUUUUCGUUUUUUUUUCUGUUCGUACCAUGCAGUUUCGCCCUUAAUAACAUACAUGAAAAAAAUUCUCAAUUCUGAUUGGCUAAGAGCAGUGCAAUUUUUUCGAAAUACAGUGCCAAAAAAUGAAAUAUAGUGCAAAAAAUGAAAUACAGUGCAAAAAAUGAAAUACAGUGCCAAAAAAUGAAAUACAGUGCCAAAAAAUGAAAUACAGUGCAAAAAAUGAAAUACAGUGCAAAAUGAGAAAGUAUUGGGGGCAGCAAUCUGUCCCUCCCCUCCUCCUGUUCGCCGGGCAUUUUUUAAGGAUUUUCCCGUAGGGGCAUUUUUGAAAAGAGAUCUUUCUGUGAGAUAAUAUAUUACAGGGAGAUAGCAAUGGCUGAAGGCCACGUGUGUGACCAACAUACCAUGCACGCAUGGAUGGGGGGAGGGUCUGGGGGUGUACUCCCCCCGAAAUUUUUUGAAAUUUGAAGCACGGAAAUGCCAUUUCCUGCAAUCCUUAGCAACCAAAUUUGCUCCAAAAUGUAUGCUAACUAUACUUGUAUUUGAAAUAAAAGAAGGAAAAAAUGCACAAAAAGUAAAAAAGAAUAUUAACCAAAAUUUAUCAUUACUUAUUAGAGGAGGAUACCAAUGGUUACUUGUGUGGGGGUGUACUCCCCCAGAAAAUUUUUGAAAUUUGAAACACGGAAAUGCCAUUUUCUGCAUUCUGAGCAUCCAAAUUUGCUCUAAAAUUUAUGCUAACUAUACUUGUAUUUGAAAUAAAAGAAGGAAAAAAUGCACAAAAAGUAAAAAAGAAUAUUAACCGUAAUUUAUCAUUAUACUUAUUAUAGAAGGGGAUACAAAUGGCCGAAGGCCACGUGUGUGGGGGCAUAAUCUCCAGAAAAUUUUUCAAAUUUGAAACCUGGAAAUGCUCUUUCCUGCAUUCUGAGCAUCCAAAAAAAUAAAAAUUAUUAACAAUAAUUUAUCAUUACUUAGUGAUAGAAAACCGUAACAAUUUAAAUCGAUUGUGUUAAACAAGGACAAAGGAUAAAGCCUAAAACUUACUUUCCGUUUAUUUAUUUGUUAUUCUUCGCUGUUUUGUUGGAGUAUAAAUAUAGGAAAAAGGGACUUUUCCUGGGGGGGAAAUGUGAUUUCGUGGGGGGGGGGGACUGGCGGUUUGUUAAAAAGGCCCUGCCUGUUCGAUGAUGUUGUAUACAGCUAGUGCCAAUUUUUAAUAGGCCAUUUUCAAAAUACGACCGAAUACCCUCAAAUACCGUAAUAGCCUGAGAAUGGGGCUUCGUACUAAGUUGUAAUGUUUUUAUAGCAAAUUAGCACUAAUUGGUGUUACUGUUCUUGGAAAUUACAGCGUAGUUUGCAAAUUUUGUUCGUUCGUCGAUAUCACCCACCCUAUAAAGUAUAACAUGGGACAUACCAGUGCGUGUGGUAUUUGCUACACAUUGGAGUCGUUAAUACUGAUAUUUCGACACAACCGUUACUGGUUUGGAACGAGGCUUUGAGUGUUCCUGAAAUAACCCGAUCUCUUGUCUCGAGAAGUUUAACAGAACUUUUACUAGGACUGCCCCUGCGGGCAGUCCCGUGACAUUGGCGAUUUCUUGUGACUGCCCGCAGGCUAGACAUUUGCCUGACUAGCAAGCUGGUAAUAUUCAGCAAGCUUUCUCCCAGUACCGCAGGCUUGGAUUCUCAGCGAACUUGUGGUGAAAAAUUGAAAGUUUUGCAUUUUGCACAGAACUGUCCACUUUCUGUCCGCUUUAUGUCCGCUGACAAUACGAGCCCGCACGAGUGGGGGGAAUUUUGCUAAAUUUGACCAACGUGUAGCUCAACAGUUUCAAUGCUGGUUAUGUAUAUGAACAAUUACUUCAUUCUGAUUGGCUAAGAGCAGUGUAAUUUUAUCAAAGUACAAUGCCAAGUUCAGUUCAGUGCAAAAAAAGAAAUACGUGGCUAGCGCCAAUAAUAGUAUAGAAAAGACAAAACUUGAAUUAAGUUACGCCAUUCAAAUUAGUGAAUAAAUAUUUUUUAUUUCGCAUUCAUUUGGUUUCAUGCAUGCAAGUUACCAUGAAUUUGCUUCUGCCUAUUUUUUAUGUAUAUUUUUAACUAUUGAUAAGUACGUAUUAGCAUGGUUUCUCGUGUAUUUGGGGUUUUUUAGAGACUUCAAAUUGGACUCGUGCAAUUUCGCACUCAAAAAGCAUACUAUAUUACCUACUAUAUACAAACUAAUAAAUACACCGUUGCUAUGAGAUAAUAUUGUUGAUAUCGCAAGAGUAUAUUUCAAAUUUAUUCAUAUAAUACUAUUUGUUGGGAUCUUGGACAUGUCCGUCUAAUGAAGAUUUAUUUCUGACAUAUGUAGGGAUGAAUUUGUGAUAAUUUGAUUCCAUUCCAUUUUACUAUAGCUUUGUUGCCUCAUGAGAGACGAGAAGUUGUUACGUUGGAUUGCUGUGAUAUUUCAACAGCCGGAGAACCUGGAGAAAUUGGGCGUGUUUGCCCACGUGUGACUGAACUUGACCUCACAAGCAACCAUAUCGAAGACUGGAAUGAUGUAUGUUGCAUGUUGCAGUUUCUUUACAUGUAUUAAUUUUAGAACUUUGUUUUCUCCCUACAAAGUAUCAUAGUAUACCGAAAAGGCACUAUAUCUGAUGCAACUUGCUAUACCUUUAUGGCUCGGCCAUAAAAGGUGGUCACAAGUAUAGGCUGAAACAUGACAGUAAAUUGCUCAGUCUACCACUGAUCAGUUGAGGUGCCUGCUGGCUUUCAUGUCAGUUAUGUUUUUGGAGUUUUUGCUGCGUAUUUUGCAGAAAUACUUUUGAAAACUUUGCGGUGAGUAGGUAUAUUUGAAACAAACGCCCUAAAGAGGCUACAGUUUGUUUCACUUUGUUUUUGUUUAAAAUAAUUUGUGGUAUUCGAACAUGUUUUUUUGCACAAUUUUCGUACAGUACUUUCAACUAUACCUGCAUGUAAACAUCGUACAUUAAAAUGAUUUAUGUACUUAUGCAAUUAUAUAUAUAUUAUGUACAGAUAUUAUCUGUUACCAAAAACUUAACAAUGCAAUGCCUUAAAGGCUAUUUACAACAAUAUUUUGAUUUAUUUUGUACUCCUAUUGUCCACAAUAUUGACUAAUACAUUAAAUGUUAAAAUAACUUUACAGGGGAAAGGAGGAUGAAAUUUAUAUUGUUUCUUGUUUUUUUUUUUAUUUAAACUGUACACAAGAAAAUACCAUUAAUGGUAAAUAUUCUAAACCUCAUGGUUUUUACCAAUAUACAAUAUGCAAAAUCAAUAAUACCCAACAAUGGUAAGAGUUAGUUUUUCAUUCAAAAACCCAGUACUGCCAUCACCAUGGUACACAAUUAAGCAUUAUUUUAUUGCUGUAGGUACUGACGAUUUUAAGCCAAUUGAAGUAUCUGCGCUUUCUAAGUCUCUGUGGAAAUCCUCUCGAUGAUUCAACUUACUCCUCGGACUUGGUUUCGAACAUAUUCCAAUCAGGAGGCUUUGCGUCAUUAACGAAAUUAGUGUUAAACAAUACAAAUGUUCCUUUGUGCACAGUGCAACGUCUUUUAAAAUACUUUCCAAGGUAGGUUUUCAGGAGUUCUCAAGUUAGUGUAUACAGAAUAGGCUAUACUGCUAGACUGCACUCAGGCAAUUACUGACAUAAAAAUCUCAGCUCAAUUAUUACUCCAAUAUGUAUAUAUAUAUACCUUUUUGCUUGUACAUGUGCUAAAUAUGAUACUCUGUAUCUUUUUUACAGUCUGGAGGAAUUACACCUUAGUCUCAACAACUAUCCACGUGUUCCUGAAUACAAAGAUCCGUGCACAACCGUUAAGCGGUUACACUUUAAUGGCAAUAGCAUCAAACAUUGGGAAGAUGUGGAGAGAAUAGGGAAAAUAUUUUCAAAUCUCGAAACAUUGAUUAUCAUGGAAAACCCGCUGUUAAAUGUUGAAAGAAGGAGCAAAGACGAAAGUUUUCUUUCCUUGAAAUGCCUUUACCUAACAAAGACAAAGUUAACCUCUUGGGAACACAUUGAAGAUUUAAGGAAAUUCCUGAGCUUGAAUGAAGUGAAACUAAUUGGUAUCUCUUUACUAGCUAGCUACGAGAAAAACGACGCACGUAGGCUACUUGUUGCUAGGUUACCGAAUAUAGGAUGUUUAAAUGGCACACCGGUUACCAGUACAGAGCGCGAAGAUGCUGAACGACAUUUUAUUCGCAAAUAUCAGACCUCUAACCAGCCGCCUGCCAGAUAUCAUGAGCUUGUUGCAAUUCACGGUGAGCUCGACCCACUUGCUGAAGUAAAUAUGGAUUCAAGGGCUGACUACGUUGAUAUUUUAAUGCAUAUUACAGGGCGCGCUCCUCGCCUUCAAAGUGUAUAUCUUGAAAAAACUACCUGGCAAUUCAGAAAAGAUAUCGCCGAUAUGUUACAGGUGCAUGUUAGCAAGAUCUCUCUUAAUUAUCAAGAUAAGGGUUCUAUGCAAUGGAGUGAGAGAAUGAUAUAUAAAAAUAGGCCUUUGUAUCGUUAUGGAAUUAAAGACGGCGAUGCAAUAUUUGUAGUUGUACAUGAUAGCGAGAACUUCUAA